AAACUACAUAGCCCUGUGUGAAAAAGUGUUUGCCCCUGAACCUAAUGAUUGGGCCACCCUUAGCAGCAACAACUGCAUUAAAGCGUCUUUGAUAGCUUUCAGUGAGUUUGUUACAGCGCUUUGGAUAAAUUUAGGCCCCUCAUCAUUGCAGAAUUGUUGUAAUUCAGCCACAUUGGAGGGUUUUUGAGCAUGAACCUUCUUUGUUAGAGUCAUAACACAACAUCUUAUUUGGAUUUACAUCAGGGCUUUGACUAGGCCACUCCAAAGUCUUAAUUUUUUUUUCUACAGCCAUUCUGGGGCCAUUUUUGGGAUCAUCAAUAUGUUUUCUGGCAAAUCUGAGAUGAGCCUUUGUGUUUUUGUUUUGGUCAGCAGGCCAGUCUCUUGCGGAAUGUAUUUUUUUUUAUUAUAAUUGGCUCUCAAAAGUAUAGUGCAAGUAUUAAACUUCUUAAUUCAAAUAUUAAAAUAAAUGUAUUAAAAUUGUAAAGCUAAAAGCGCUUGUAUAACAAUGAAUGGAUCUGCCAUCACGUCAGGGGUUUGCUCUCACUUUCUAACUCUGAUAGCUGGCUGAGCUCCACGGUAAGGCUGCUAAGAUUAGCUAAGAUUAUUACAUGUUAUUGCAGUUGAUUUCUUUAUUCCAUUGAUAUAGAUAUUCUUCAUUAUCACAAUGUACUCUCCCAGACAGACCCUCCUGACUGUGGCUUUCAGUGUUGUUUGCACACACUCCUUCGUCUGCUCUCGCUCUCGCCUCCCUCCCAUCUGAAAGCUGCCUGUUUAUGGCCACCACCAGAGAGACAGACAAGAGAAGGAAAUGAGAAGGGGAAGGCAGUGUGUUUUGAUGUGUCUGUGGCGUGUGUGUUCACGUACAGUGCCUGUUCUGGGUUGUGUGUGAUGCGGCGUGUUGAACGAGGGAUUGAUUUAUUGUUCUGUUUGCCUGCUGUCCGGGUGAAACAGACGCUGCAUGCUGACUUAAAGGAGAGAUGAUGUCUAACUACAAGCGUGCAACGUUUGAGGAGGAGGACGGGACCGAUGUCCCUGUUGAUGGAGCCAUUUCUCCUGACAGUGUUGAGGUGGGUUUCCGUAAGGGUGGUAUUCAGUUGUUUGGUCCACUGGGCCGGAGGACUCAGCUGGAGGUAGUGUUGGCCGGUCUGCUUCUUGCUUCACUUCUUGCACUGUUCGGCUGUGCGGUCACACUGGGAGUCCGUUAUAACAGAGAUCCAGCCCGUAGUAUCUGUCUAACCGAGGCCUGUGUCACUGUGGCCAGCAAGAUUGUUGAAGCUUUGGACCGCUCUGCCGACCCAUGUCAGGAUUUUUACCAAUACGCCUGUGGAGGAUGGGUCCGCAAAAACCCCCUGCCAGAUGGCCGGUCCCGCUGGAGCACAUUUAACAGCAUCUGGGACCAGAACCAGGCUGUGCUCAAACACCUGCUGGAAAAUGGCACUUUUAACUCCAGCAGUGAAGCAGAGAGGAAGACACAGUCGUACUACCUUUCCUGUCUUAAUGAACAGCGAAUAGAAGAACUCGGAGCCCAACCACUCAUGGAUUUGAUUACAAAGAUCGGAGGCUGGAACAUCACAGAGUCCUGGGACAAAGAGAAUUUUCUGGAUGUUUUAAAGAUCAUUUCUGGACCAUACAGAGCUCAGCCCUUCUUCACCGUCAGUGUUAGCGUAGACCCCAAAAACUCCAACAGCAAUGUGAUUCAGGUCGACCAAUCAGGACUCUUCCUCCCGUCCCGAGAUUAUUACCUCAAUAAGACUAACGAGAAGGUUUUGAAAGCUUAUCUGGAUUACAUGGUGGAGCUGGGUUUGUUGUUGGGAGGAGACAAGAAUUCCACUCGGGGUCAGAUGCAGCAGAUUUUGGACUUUGAGACGGCGCUGGCGAACAUCACCGUGCCCCAGGACGAACGGCGAGACGAGGAGAAGAUCUACCACAAGAUAACCAUAGCUGACCUCCAGGUCUUGGCUCCGGCUAUUGAAUGGUUGGAUUAUCUGAACUCAGUACUUUCACCGCUGGAGCUGAACGACACAGAACCGGUGGUGGUGUAUGCUAAAGAGUACAUGCAACAAGUUUCAGAGCUCAUCAACAAGACCGACCACAGUCUUCUGAAUAAUUACAUGAUCUGGAAUCUGGUGCAGAAAGGAGCGUCCAGCCUUGAUCAGCGCUUUGAAAAUGCUCAGGAUAAACUGCUGGAGAGCCUCUAUGGCACCAAAAAGUCUUGUACUCCGCGCUGGCAGACGUGCAUUGGAAACACAGACGACACCCUCGGUUUUGCACUGGGAGCUCUUUUCGUCAAAGCCACCUUCGACAAACAGAGCAAAGAAAUAGACCUCAACGGUGGUGCGUUUUUGCCCUCAUGUGGCCGUAAUGUGAACUCCACAGUUCACAACCUCAUGUUUUCUGUCAUAACGCAGGCAGAGGGGAUGAUCAAUGAAAUCCGCACGGCUUUCAAAGGCGCGCUGGAUGAUUUGAAGUGGAUGGAUGAACAGACCCGACAAGCUGCCAAGGACAAGGCGGAUGCCAUCUAUGACAUGAUCGGAUUUCCAGACUUCAUUCUGGACUCCAAAGAGCUGGAUGAUGUGUAUGAUGGGUAUGAGGUUACGGAGGACAACUUCUUCCAGAACAUGAUUAACUUCUAUAACUUCUCAGCACGAGUGAUGGCAGAUCAGCUCCGCAAGCCACCAAACAGAGACCAAUGGAGUAUGACUCCACCGACAGUGAACGCUUACUACAUGCCAACCAAGAACGGAAUCGUCUUUCCCGCUGGCAUCUUACAGGCCCCGUUCUACGCCCAGGAUCACCCCAAAGCUUUAAACUUUGGUGGGAUUGGAGUGGUCAUGGGACAUGAGCUAACGCAUGCGUUUGAUGACCAAGGCCGAGAGUACGACAAAGAUGGAAACCUGCGCUCGUGGUGGCAGAACUCCUCGGUGGAGGCCUUCAAGAACCGCACCGAGUGCAUGGUCGAUCAAUACACACAGUACACCAUCAACGGAGAGCACAUUAAUGGAAAACAGACGCUGGGAGAAAACAUCGCAGACAAUGGCGGCCUGAAAGCUGCCUAUCAUGCGUACAGGUCCUGGGUGCAGAAGAAUGGGGAAGAGAAGAGACUCCCAGCUGUCAAUCUGACAAACGACCAGCUCUUCUUUGUGGGUUUUGCACAGGUGUGGUGCUCUGUCCGGACGCCAGAAAGCGCUCACGAGGGCCUGAUGACGGAUCCUCACAGUCCGCCCAAAUACCGCGUGAUCGGCACCCUGUCUAACUCACCCGAGUUCGCCGAGCACUUCCAAUGUCCGCUGGGCUCCUCCAUGAACUCAGGCCACCGCUGCGAGGUUUGGUAGGAUUAAUCCCAAAAAAACCACAGCGGCUCGCUUGCGCAGACCAGCCCGGCCAAAACAAUCAAAACACAGAACGGACCGUCCGUUGUGGCUCUUUCUCAAGCACUGUUUUUUUAUUUAUGUGCUUCAAAAAGUGAAUUGAGGAGGAAGCAGCGAGCUUGAUGUUCUCCAGUAUCAAAUUUUUCCUUUCUGUCGCUUUAUUUAUUUGUUCGUUGAACUUCGAGGCCUGUUUCUGUGCUCAUACUCCUAUCAUUUACAGCCAGAGUCUUCUGAAUGAGCUCUGUGACCUCACAGGAAACCCUCUGCGGCUUCACAGGAAGCUUCACGAUGACCUCAUGGGAAGGAAGAAGCUUUCCAGGAUUAAAGCCUUUUUUAUUUCCCCCCUGAAGGCAAUUUUUUGGUUGAAAUGCUGUUAAAUGACAGGAAGAGCCACCGUUUGAUCAUCACACGCUUCCUGUAUUAUGGUUCGAUCUCGACAAAGUUGAAAUGAAAGUGUUCAUUUUAAACUGCUGGGUUUUUUCUUUUUGCCAAAGAACGUUUCGUUUGGAGCUUCGCCCUUCAGUAAUUCAUUCCUGUGUGUGUUUUGCUAAAGAAAUUUGCUUGUGUGUGUGUGUGUGAACGCUGUGUUUCUGUGUCUGUAAAAGGGACGUCUUCACGUUGCGCUGAACUUCGUCGAGUCUGCUGAAACGCUGAUUAGCAUGAUGCUAAUGAUGUUUUGUUGAGAAAGCCACGCAAAAGAGUGAAUCUCAGCAGAGUUUCCAUCACAUCUCGCACCCAAAAUAGUAGAUUAUUAUGAUUUUACCACCAGGAUAGUUUUUCCAUGUAAUUUUUAGACGGUUUAAUACAUUAUUUCAGCUAAUCUAUACAUUUUUAUUUGGUAACUGUAUAUAAAUUACAGCAAACAUCAACAAAAUGUAAUGUAAUAAAUCUUAAAUUAUGUAUUACAUAAACUUCUGUUCAAAAGAUUGGGCUCAGAAUUGUAAAAAAAAAACUUUUUUUAUUUAAUAAUUAGGCAAAGUUCGUUAAAAGUCAUUAAAAAUUACUUAAAAGUCAUACACUUCCUGACAAAAGUCUUGUCGUCCAUCCCAGUUGCAAGAGAUAAUCUGUUGAACUGUAUCCCAAUCAUAACAUAUACAGCAAAAGACCUGUCUGAUCCCGCAUGGACCCAGGAUUCUCAUGGAAAUCAGUCAAGUUCGGUAUAGAAAAAUUCAUGGUUUCGGGUAAAAUUCAGUAUGGGGGCGUACAAGAGAUCUGCAGAGUGGAUGGCAACAUCAACAGCCUUCAAGAUCAAAACAUUUUUGCUGCCUAUUACAUUACAAACCAGGAUUGGCCAGCCCAGUUA